CGUUCAUUAGCUGGUAAAAACUCUGGACUACCCACUGAUUCUAUUGUUAUUGCUAUACUCCCUGUCACUUUGGAUACUCCAAUGAAUCGCAAAUGGAUGCCGAAAGCAGACUUCAGCACAUGGACUCCUCUGACAGAAGUAGCUGGCCUCUUUUACAAAUGGACUGAAGGUAAAGACCGUCCAAAUUCUGGUGGUUUACUGCAGUUAAUAACCAAGGAUGGUGUCACCCAAUUGGCUGAAGCUAAUUAAAUGUAAAUAUUUGUGCUGGAAAAACUUAUAUGUACUUCAACGACUCAUGUGCGUUAGGGAUAUACAAAAGAAAAAAGUAUAAUAAUUAAAAGAUAAUUACAACAACUUUCACAAUGUUAUACCUAAGAAUAGUGUACCUAGUGCUCAACAUAAAUUAUUGUACUAAAUAUAAUCAGCUAUAAAAUAUAAACCAAUUAUAAAAUA